UUUGCAUCCAUCCAUUGUAGUAGAUACACUCUCUCCAUCUCAUUCGUUCACCGGGCGUGACUGCGUGCAUAUCAAGACUAUUUUCCUGGAAUUAAACCCCUUCGCCGUUCAACAUGGGUCGCAAGUUUUUCGUGGGAGGUAACUGGAAGAUGAAUGGCGACAAGGAGUCCAUUGACAAAAUCAUCGACUUCCUCAAAGCCGGUCCCUUGGAUCCCAAUUGCGAUGUGGUGGUGGGUGUGCCUGCGCCUUACUUGAUGUACUGCCGAGAGAGGUUGCCGGAGAAUGUGGGUGUGGCCGCACAGAAUUGUCACAAGGCGGCCAAGGGGGCUUUUACUGGUGAGAUUGCCGCGGCCAUGAUCAAGGAUUGCGGCUGCAAAUGGGUUAUUUUGGGCCACUCUGAGCGACGAAACGUUUUCGGAGAGACCGAUGAACUCAUUGGCGAGAAGGUGGCAUUUGCCCUUGAGAAUGGCUUACACAUCAUCCCCUGCAUUGGUGAGAAGCUUGAGGAGCGUGAGGCCGGCAAGACCGAAGAGGUGUGCUUCAAGCAACUCAAGGCCAUUGCAGACAAGGUCUCCGAUUGGUCCCGAGUGGUCUUGGCUUACGAACCCGUUUGGGCCAUUGGCACGGGCAAAACGGCCACCCCUGAACAAGCCCAGGAAACCCACGCCGCUCUCCGAAAGUGGCUCUCCGAGAACGUCUCGCGUAAGAUCAAACGAUCUGAAACGGAAGUGGCUGAGAAUCUCAGGAUCUUGUAUGGAGGUUCGGUGACUGCUGCUAAUUGCAAGGAGUUGGCCAAGUGCGCCGAUAUUGAUGGAUCUUUGGUGGGUGGAGCUUCGCUCAAGCCAGAGUUUGUGGAAAUUAUUAACGCUUCACAAUGAAGAGUUCCCUGUGGAAGAAUGUCUUGGACCCAGUCGCUGAAUGUGUGACAGGUUGCGUUAUGAUGAUAACGAAUAAAAUCAGCUUUUACGA